GUUCUUCUCUGGCAUAACCCCUACCUAGAUCCAAUGCACUUUCCUUUCGCACGUGCCAAUCCACCUCGUCGGCUCCUCCACCUCCAUCCCUCACUGUUUUCAGAUUCCACCCUGCAGUUCCAUUCCCGUACAAAAAGCAAAUCACAAACCUAACAACCCACCCGCCUCUCGAUGCUCACCCCCACACGGACCCCAUCCCGACUAUACCUUCCCCGCCUUCCCGAUCACAUCCUCCUUGGCCCCGACCCGUUUCCAGCACUUCUUUAAAGCUUCUAGAAGUCGAAAAUGGAGUCGAUACUGGCCCGGGCGCUGGAGUACACUCUUAAGUACUGGCUCAAAUCCUUCUCCAGAGAUCAGUUCAAGUUGCAGGGCCGGACCGUACAGCUCUCCAAUUUGGAUAUAAACGGCGACGCUUUGCACUCGAGCGUCGGAUUUCCGCCGGCGCUGAAUGUGACGACGGCGAAGGUCGGAAAAUUGGAGAUAAUGCUGCCGUCAGUAAGUAAUGUUCAAGUCGAGCCAAUUGUUGUGCAAAUCGAUAGGCUUGAUUUGGUUCUAGAGGAGAACUCUAAUUUAGAUGCAUCUAGGAGUCCGAGCAGUACACCGACAUCGGCUAGCUCUGGGAAGGGAAGUGGUUAUGGAUUUGCUGAUAAGAUUGCAGAUGGAAUGACUGUAGAGAUUCACACCGUCAAUCUUCUCCUUGAAACUCGUGGUUGUGACCAAGGUCAAGGAGGAGCUACUUGGGCACCACCUUUGGCAUCUAUCACUAUACGCAACCUUUUGCUGUAUACCACAGAUGAAAACUGGCAGGUUGUAAAUCUUAAAGAAGCGCGGGACUUCUCCAGUAACAAAAAGUACAUAUACGUGUUCAAAAAACUUGAAUGGGAAUCUUUGUCUAUUGAUCUCCUGCCUCAUCCUGAUAUGUUCAUGGAUGCCAAUUUAGCCUGCUCCCGAGAGGGAGGAAACCAGAGAGAUGAUGAUGGCGCAAAGCGAGUUUUCUUUGGUGGAGAGCGCUUUAUAGAAGGAAUAUCAGGACAAGCAUAUAUUACCGUGCAAAGGACUGAACUAAACAGUCCACUUGGGCUUGAGGUUCAGUUACAUAUUACCGAAGCUGUUUGUCCUGCUUUAAGUGAACCAGGACUACGCGCACUUCUACGUUUCUUGACUGGAUUAUAUGUCUGUUUAAAUAGAGGGGAUGUUGAUCCAAAGGCUCAACAGCGAUCUACUGAAGCAGCAGGGCGCUCUCUAGUCUCUAUUGUUGUGGACCACAUAUUUCUCUGCAUUAAAGAUGCUGAGUUCCAGCUCGAACUUUUGAUGCAGUCGCUCCUAUUUUCACGGGCCAGUGUUUCUGAUGGAGAAAAUGAUGAUAUCUUGUCUAGGGUCAUGAUUGGUGGAAUAUUCUUAAGGGAUACGUUUUCACGACCUCCAUGCACCUUAGUUCAACCAUCAAUGCAAAGUGUCACAAAAGAUCUUCUACACACUCCUGAAUUUGCUAGGAGUUUUUGCCCUCCCAUAUAUCCUCUGGGAGAACAGCAGUGGCAGUUGAUUGAUGGUGUGCCUAUAGUAUGUCUACAUUCUCUUCAGAUCAAGCCCUCUCCAGUUCCACCAUCUUUUGCUUCACAAACAGUUGUAGAGUGUCAACCUCUAAUGUUUCAUCUUCAAGAAGAAUCCUGUUUGAGGAUAUGUUCCUUCCUAGCUGAUGGAAUUGUCGUCAAUCCUGGUGCAGUUUUACCAAAUUUUUCAGUAAAUUCUUUCAUUUUGACUCUGAAGGAAUUAGAUCUUACUGUUCCUUUGGACAUGGGCAAAUUGAACAAUCCUGUAAGUAACGCGAACAGUGGUGUUCAGAGCUCAUUUUCCGGAGCAAGGCUUCACAUUGAGAGCUUGAUCUUUUCAGAAUCGCCUUCGUUAAAACUAAGGCUACUGAACGUGGAGAAGGAUCCUGCUUGCUUCUGUCUUUGGGAAGAUCAACCGAUUGAUGCUAGCCAAAAGAAGUGGACCACUAAAGCAUCACACCUUAGUUUGUCCUUAGAAACAUGUACUGGCUUAAGCAGACUUCAAAAUUCUCUUGACUGGAGUUCAGGCUUGUGGAGAUGUGUCGAGCUCAAAGAUGUGUGCAUUGAAGUGGCUCUGUCAACUGCUGAUGGGAGCCCAUUAGCAGAUAUUCCUCCUCCAGGGGGUAUUGUUAGGGUGGGGGUUGCUUGUCAGCAAUAUACAUCCAAUACUUCGGUGGAACAGCUGUUUUUUAUCCUGGAUCUUUAUGUGUACUUUGGAAGAGUGAGUGACAAGAUAGCGUUUGUUGGAAAAAGUAAAAGACCAAAGAGAAGUAGGAAUGAAUCGUCUGGUGGAAGGCUGAUGGAUAAGGUUCCAAGUGAUACCGCUGUAAGUUUAGAAGUGAAGGAUUUUCAACUUAGAUUUCUGGAGUCUUCUGCAGCGAAUGUUCAGGGAAUGCCUUUAGUCCAGUUUCUUGGGGAUAAUCUGUUUGUCAAAGUUACACAUAGAACUCUUGGUGGUGCCAUUGCUGUUUCAUCCACAUUAUGUUGGGACAGUGUUCAAGUGGACUGUGUAGAUACUGAGGGAAAGCUGGUACAUGGAAAUGGGUCGGCGUUAUCUAAUGUUGAAGAUGCUCCUUUGAUUAGUGGAAAUGGAUACCCUCAACUAAGAGCUGUAUUUUGGGUACAGAACAAAAGGAGCCUUUAUUCAAAGGGAAAUGCUUUGGCAGUUCCAUUUCUGGACAUAAGCAUGGUGCAUGUAAUUCCAUUAGAUGAACGAGAUGUUGAGUGUCAUAGUUUGAAUGUGUCAGCAUGUAUAUCUGGUGUUCGCCUUGGUGGAGGAAUGAACUAUGCUGAAGCCUUGCUACAUCGGUUUGGAAUACUUGGUCCCGAUGGUGGUCCUGGGAAGGGGCUUUCUAAAGGGUUAGAAAACUUACGAGCAGGGCCAUUUUCAAAACUUUUUGAAACGUCACCUCUCAUUGUUAACAACCUGGAUGGAGAUGGAAAUUUAGGAGAUGGGAAAGAAAGUAGCUUUUUGCAGUUGGGAAAACCCGAUGAUGUUGAUGUAACUAUAGAAUUGAAGGACUGGUUAUUUGCUCUAGAAGGAGAACAGGAGAUGGCAGAAAGUUGGUGGUUUCGUAAUCAUGAGGAUGUCCGUAGAGAAGAGAGAUGUUGGCACACAACUUUUCAGAGUCUGCAGGUGAAAACAAAAGGUAGUCCAAAGCACAAACUGAAUGGCAAAGGAAGGUCUGAGGAAAGGCAGAAAUAUCCUUUGGAAUUGGUCACGGUUAGUGUGGAAGGCUUACAGACUUUAAAGCCUCUGGGCCAAAAGGGCAUUUAUCGAUCUUCCUCCUUACCUGCAAACGGUGUUAAAGAAACUGCAGAGACAUUCGGAGGGAUAAAUCUUGAACUUGGCUUGGUGAUAGCUGAGGACCUUGUUGAUGGUGAACUAGCCAAGUGGGAGGUGGAAGACUUGAAAUUCUCUGUUAAGCAACCGGUUGAGGCAGUUGUUACCAAGGAUGAGUUGCAACAUCUUGCUUUUCUGUGCAAGUCUGAAGUUGACUCAAUGGGUCGAAUAGCUGCUGUAAUUUUGAGGUUACUGAAGCUGGAAGGUUCUAUUGGCCAGGCAGCAAUAGAUCAACUAAGUAACCUCGGUCCCUAUCCGUCAAGGUGCAGCCUAGGCCCCGUUUGGAUUGAUAAGUGAUCUCAGCUCAUCUCAUCUCAUCACAAUCAUUACAACUUUUCUAAAAUUUCACACAAAAUAUAAUAAACAAUUCAACUUUUUCAAAUCCCAAAACAAUAAUAAUAUUAAAAAAUAAUAUUAUAACAAUAUUUUAUUCAACUAAUUUAAAACCAUCUCAUCUCAUCUCAUCUCUCAAUCCAAAUGGGGCCCUAAUGGUCACGGGUGGGCUUGGGAUGAGCUGUAGACUCAAACAUCUUGGAUUUUUAUUUCGCAUUAGUUGUUCCCCAGAUUACCUGAUACACAAUUAUGGCAGUUUUACUCCCUAGGGGUGGGUUCAAAGGUCCCUUUCUUGGUGAAGUUCUUUGUCAUCAAAAAAUAUAUCCUCUUCCUUGACUGGAAUGCCUGACUUUGACUAUGGGCAUAUAAAACUAUUAAGGCUUAUGGUUUUGUCGUAAGUAAACCGUCAUUUGGUUCAUGAUAGAGGUCAUCAUGAUCAGGCUUGCAGUUUUUUUUCUAAAUAGGGCUGUAAAAUCAAGUAUAUAAGUAAUGAAAUUGAACUUUAGUAGGCUAAGUAAAGAUUACUAGGAUACCAAGAGAAUGAAGAUUUACUUGAAGCAAAAGGUCUCAAGACUGAAAUGUCAAACUUGGUCUACGAGGGUGCAAUUGAAGCCAAGGACUGUAAUGUGUUAUGCCUUGGAUUUUAGCAGAGUUAUAGAAGUUUGAUAACAUGUCAAAAACAGAAGAAUAUGGAAAGAGUUAAUUAAAAGUAUGUGAGGAAUAUAUGAAUCUUUUACUGACUGGUGCUGUAUGUGCAAGAAGAACCUGGAAUCUGUAAAUCACAUUUUACUCCAUUAUGAGGUUGUUAGAGCUUUGUGGAAUGAUUUAGUUGGGUUGGCUUGGGUUAUGCCUAGAAGGAUAAUAGUAGAUUCUUCUUUACUAGUUGGAGAGGGUUAUCUGGAUGUUCAUAAAUCGCAGCUGUAUGGAAGAUGGUUCCUAUCUGCUUGAUGUGUUGUAUUUGGAGGGAAAGGAACUAUAGAAAUUUUGUAUACUCCCUGUGUACUCAGGCCUUGCCUAAUUACGUGGAUUAAUAAAAUCUUUUAUUACUUAUAAAAAAAAAAAAAAAAAAUUUUGAGGAACGUGAGAGGACAAUAGAUGAUCUUAAAAUUUUCUUUUUCAAUAUAUUAUUCCUUUAAGCAGCAGCUAUAGAUUCCAGCAGGCUGAGCUUUCAUGACUUUCUUGUAUCCUAUCUCUAAUUUGGUGUUCCUCUUGUAUACGUCGAGUGUAUUUGGGUUUGCCUUUUGCAUUUUCUAAUAAAAUACUCGGUUACUUAAUAUUUUUUUUUUU